UGGCCGCCCAGAUGACGGAUACACGUCUUUUAACAAACUGUGAGUUAAUGCAAGCCCCGAUCAUACAAUCUCCGCCGCACAUUGUAUAGUCACGCUGCUGAGAGAGAUUAUACAAUCUCUCCCAAGGACGUGACGCCCCCGUGAACAGCAGUAGGUCAACACAUGGGUUGAGUCGCAAGUCAAAGUUGUAGGUCCAGACGAGAUGUCCUCACCAAAGGUAGCCAUCUUCUAUAACAACGCAGAAAUAGUAGACGUCAUUAAACAACAACUGCCUGAUGCUGAUAUUCAGAUUUUCGCAAAUCCUCCAACAGAAGAACAGGUGGAGUCUUUGUCUCAGGUCCAGAUCAUUUUUGGGUCCCCUCGAAACCUGCCGGAAGUCAUUCCAAGAUGCACCAACCUCAAGUGGAUCCAGUCUGGAGCAGCAGGUGUGGACAAAAUAAUGAAGAGUGUAACAGACGAUAAGGCCAACAAAAACAUCAUUGUCACACGCAACGGAGAGACCUUCGCCAAGCCACUGUCCGAGCACAUCAUGAGCCAAAUACUGACCACAAACAAAGGUCACUACAAGUGGUAUGACCAACAGAAGGCGGCGGUGUACGAGAGAGGCAGUCUUAACUCCAAACCCCUAUCACUGUCAUCAGUUGGGAUAUUAGGCCUGGGCUGCAUUGGACGUGAAACUGCCAGAACGUGCAAGUUCUUUGGGAUGAAGGUGUGGGGUAUGACACGAACUGAAGUCCCAGAAGAUAAGAAGUCCCCGUAUGUUGACGAAUACAGGACACUGAAUUCUUUGCAUGAAAUCCUAUCUGAAUGUGACUAUGUCGUCAACAUACUACCGUCAACUGAACAGACUCGUGGCUUGCUGUCGGGAGAUACAUUCUCUUACUGCAAAGAUAAGAAGACUACCUUCAUCAAUGUUGGACGAGGAGAUGUGACAGAUGAAGGAAGCAUUCUGACAGCUCUCAGGAACAAGUGGUUACAGUAUGCUGCACUGGACGUCCACAACCCCGAGCCGCUGCCUGAAAGUAGCCCCCUGUGGAACGAGCCGGGGGUCAUCAUAACGCCCCAUAUCUCCGGGGGUCUUAUACUGUAUCCGGGAUACCUUCGUGACAGAGCCGAGAUGUUUGUGAAACAAUAUCGCCGUUAUAUUAACAACGAACCCUUGGAAUACGUAGUUGAUUUUGAAAGAGGUUAUUGACAUGGCAGACGCUUAGAUGGCACAAGAAACAGAGGACACACGUCAUCGUCCAGUGACGUCAUGUACACUAACUACACGAGAACACGGGACACCUGCAGCAUGCGUCCACAUACAAUAUAGAAGAUCAUACGAUACAUCAACUGUGCUUUGUUUGUUGUGAAAUACGGAGUACUUGAAGACAUACACAUGAAAGGUGUCCUGGACUGCCACACGUCUAAUGAAUACCUCCAAACCACGCCUAUUCAGUACCCACCAUGGCAGAUCGACUUUCACAAGAAUCUAACUGUGAUUGCCUGUAUUGUAACUCUAAACGCAUAGCCAGUACCCACCGUAACAUUAAUAUCAAUGUAAUCGUGUAAGAAAUAAGUAUUGGUCAUCA